AUGAGUCAGUUUGCUGUCAUGAAAAACGAUCAAGAACGACUGAUCAGUUACGGAGUAAGAGACGGUUCCAAAGUGAUUCUUAUGGCUGCGCCUGCCAAGGCAACGGAAGGUGUUCCUGGAGGUGCUGAAGGUCAACUGCUCGCAAUGAUUGGCGCAAUAACCGAGAAACUAAACGGACGGAUUAUGCCUGAGAUUGACUCGUACGAGAAGCGAGUCAAAGAGUUCAUGUCGAGAGCACCAGAGCAAAAGGAAGCAAAAGAACAAAAAAAGCUGGUGGAUUAUGGAACGUACUUGAACGAGCAGUUGAUGAACAUUCUGUUUGACUUUGACGGUAUUCUCUGUGGACCCGAGUAUGAAAAGGCACGCAACCAACGGAAAGAAGGUGUGCGGCAAGGACAGGCAUUGUUGGAUAAAGUAGACAAUAUCAAAGCACUUGUAAAGAAUUAG